CAUAAAUUUGCUUUAAAUAAAAUUUACAACUUUUAAUAAUGACUAAAAAACUAUUUUUAAUUUGCAUAAUUAUUUGUGCAAUACUUCAAUGCAUAGCUUUUCCUGACAUUGGCAAGUGGGAUGUUCAAUUAGACAAGGAAAGAGCUUCUGUUUCAAUUCCAAAAUCCUUAUACAAAGGUUCACAGAUAUUUAUACAGAUAACAUGUUCUUCAUUAGAAGAACCACCUCCUGAGGUGCAAAUACAAUGGACGUUACGUGAAUAUAUAUGUUGGCAGGAGUAUUUAAAAGUUGGAAAUGGGGUAUUUUAUAAUGUUAUCCCUGUAGCUGAAAUUCAAAGCAUAAAUAAUCAUAGCUUGAGCAUAUCAAGCAUUCCAAUAACAAGAGCUUGCAAAGGACAUAUAAUUCUUGAAGAAGUGCCAAAUAUUAAAGAUAAUAAAAAUGAUAAUAAAGAUAAAUCAGGAGGUGAUCGAUCACAAAGAGAUAACACAGCAAAUGGAAAUUCAAAUACCAAAUCUGUUAAAGCUUUACUCAGCCAUCCUAAAUUGGAUACUCCAAACCCCGUAUAUACAGUGCCUGCUGAUGGAAUUUAUAUGCUUACUCUUCAUAUGUUCAACAAAGAAGACAAAGAUUUUAAUGCACAAGUAAAUAUUGAGAUGCAAGGCAGUUACGGAUAUCUUUCAGCAGUUGAUUGGCCAUUACUACCAUUCUAUGGAGGAAUGUGUAUAGUAUAUGUUAUAUUAGGAGUAGUGUGGUUAUUUGUGUCAUUUUUACAAUGGAGGGAUUUGCUAAGAAUUCAGUUUUGGAUUGGUGGUGUGAUACUUUUAGGAAUGCUUGAAAAAGCAACAUUUUAUGCAGAAUAUCAAAAUAUAAACGCUACAGGAGUAUCUGUAAAAGGAGCUGUGCUUUUGGCUGAAUGGGUGUCUUGUGGAAAAAGGACAUUAGCAAGAAUGCUGGUCAUAAUUGUGUCCUUAGGAUUUGGUAUAGUCAAGCCUCGAUUAGGCCCAAUGUUACAUCGAGUUGUUGGAACGGGUGGAUUGUACUUCAUAUUAGCUGCGGUUGAAAGUUAUUUAAGAGUGAUGCAUAUAAAAAAUGAUCCUAGUAACCAGAUUUUGGUAGCCAGUAUACCAUUAGCUGUCUUAGAUUCUGCAAUUUGUUGGUGGAUUUUUACUUCCUUAGUACAAACAACACGCACAUUAAGGUUACGAAGAAAUAUGGUAAAAUUAUCUUUAUACAGACAUUUCACAAACACUCUCAUAUUUGCAGUAACAGCAUCUGUGGUGUUUAUGCUUUACUCCAUAAAAUUCCAUAGGCUGGCAAUAUGUCUAGAGGAUUUCAAAGAAUUAUGGGUAGAUGAAGCAUUCUGGCAUAUUCUAUUUUCUGUACUACUUCUUGUUAUAAUGAUUUUAUGGAGACCAACAAAUAAUAAUCAGCGAUAUGCAUUUACUCCACUACUAGAUAAUCCUGAGGAUGACGAAGAAGAUGAAGAUGAACAAUUCGUGUCUGAUGCAUAUGGUGUUAAAAUGAGAGGUGGAAAUAGAAGCACAUCGCCCAAACCAAAGUCAUCAACAACACAAGAGGAAGAUCUCAGGUGGGUGGAAGAAAAUAUACCCUCAGCAAUGGCAGAUUCAACAUUGCCAAUACUUGAUUCAGAUGAAGAAAUAUUGAAUACAAAAUUUGAGGUUUCUAAAAUGCAAUAGAUACUUUUCAAUUUUAAAGCUAAAUGUAACAUGCAUAGUGAGAUUUUUUUUAUGGUCUUACUUGCUCACAAAGAUUGAUUUCGUAAUAUAAAAUUCAGUAACUUGCUUUGUAUUCCAAAUUUGUGAUAAGGUAUUAGAUUGUAUAAAAUUAUAUUAUUUCAAGCCAGCGUGUAAUAUAAUAUGAAGACGCUCAAAACAGUUCUUUUAUGAGAUCUGUAUAGAAUAUUCUACAGGUUCAUUCAUAUCUGAAAACUUUGCCUUAAUAAGUUAUGAUGGUAAAUCACCAUCAUUAUUUUUGUGGCAUAUAUAUUUUAAACUUCACAUAGACAAACUAUAUGAUUAAAUAGUUAAAGUACUGUUGAUCAAUCUGUUUUAUAAUGUUGAGAUCAAUAUAACUAAGAUUGGUUAACAGGUAAAAUUUUUGUUCUGAGGACGAUUUUUUUUUAUC